GACCCGAGUGAUAACCAGCAACGAAAAGAAUAACAACCAUAAGAUCGUAUCAUGCUCAGACUCAAGCGAACACUUGCCGCAGUGCGAGAACGCACACGACAGAUACUUGCACAGCCAGACACUAGUCAACAACAACAAUGUUCCAGUGACUCGGAAAGCUCACCCAUUUCUCCCUACACCGCUGUUGCAGCGCUCGCACCAGUCCUCUCGGGUGCCGAACUAAAUACUGAUCAGCACACCACAUCUAUACCACUGAUGACGAUCCACAAGGUUUCUGCAACUCUCACGAUCACCACUGACGUCAUGCGAGCCUCUGAGUUUUCCCAUGGCUCUGGUCUGCUUGUGUAUAUUAACGGAACACUCAUGAGCGCGGCGUGCGUAGCCCUUAAGACCAAUAUUGCCACUAUGAAAUUGAUCAAACGACUGCCUCUGGAUAAGCCAGGUAUGUUCGGAGCACGUCUUGGGGCUGCUUUUGCUGAUGACAGGAGUGAAGUGGAAAUCACCUGGGCAGAGGUGGAUGAUGUGGCGGAACGGGACUGGCGCGAGGCGGAGCGAGUCUGGGCACCAUUUCCUGGAGGACCAUAUGGAUCAUUGGGAUCAGACGAUUGCGACGAUGAAUUCUGUCGACGAUAUAGUUCGGCAGAUGGGGAGGAUUGGGCAGCGUUCUCAACCCGUCGGCAAUCAGUGUCCAGCUAUGGGUCUCUUUCACUGCGGCCUGAUCGUAGUGCCUUCUCUUCGUCGUGCCAGUAUACUGAUACUGAGGAUGCGUCUGGCACAGCAGGGGCAAUGAACCAAGCCCAGACUGUUGUGACUGGUGCUGAGUUCGAUACUCUGUCGUACUGCUCUGGAUCCUUCAGUGGCACGUCAUCACGGUGUGAGGAUCAAGACUCGAUCGAGCUGACGACCAUACAGCGACCACAAGCACCAUGUGAAGUGUUCUCCAGAUCGCAUUUGGAUACAGAGUAUGUCUCAUCCUUGUGGUCUCCAGGGAAAGGCACAGGACCUAUCAUGUCUAGUGACGAGUUCGACGCACUGUCAGACUGGUCUGACGGUGGGAGUGACCCGGAAUGGAAUAGCAUUCUGGAAGAGCCACUGGACUGCAAUGGGCUUGUAUGUGAGGGCAGUGUGCAGUGACAGUUUGGAUUGCGACGAAGAGACGUAUGGAAGCAAGGUAGGAAGAUGGCAGAGCAGAUUGAAACUUAGGUACCUAAUGCACAAAUUUGGAUAAAGCUUUGCGUGACUAUGGUUGUGAAUGCACGUGGUCUCUUCACAUAAGCAGGCACAUGUAUUGAUAUGAGGGAGGAAGAUAGUAAAGCA